AACAGGACCCGGAUGUUGCCGGGGAGGCGGGUCAGUUGCAGUUCCGGGUCUGCUGCGAGAUGGAUUUGGGGGCAGCGCAAGAGGGGAAUCCGCCCCUGGAGCGGGAAGGGGUCCAGUUCCUUCAGCAGACAGGUGAGGGGUUCUCUGGGGGGAAAGGGGAUUAGCAUAUGGCUUUCUUGAGGCGGAGGGGCCAGGAAGCGGCCCUUGAAGAGCCUCCAUUUUCAGGAAUAGCCUACCUUAAAACUAUCAGGUGCUGUCUGGGGACAAAGUAGAGGGGUCGUCGUUGUUUAGGGGUGUUAAAUCGCCAGCCUGUCGAUCUGUAGAGGAGCAGCUGCGUUUUGUGGCAGCUUUUCAAAAGGCAGGUGAAUUUACAGGUCUUCUCAACGACUUAAUCUCGCAAUCUGUCACAGGGGGAGGUCUGUAGCUGUCAGUGGUACAGCCUCUGCUUCGCGUGCAGAAGGUGCCCUCCAUCUCCAAAGCAAGGUUGUGAGAGAAUUCCUGUCUGAAAUCCCAGCGCAGUGAACACAGGUCUGGAUGGGCCAACGAUGGUCUGACUUUUUGUAAGGCAGCUUCCUAAAGCCUAUGUCGUGAUAAAUAAAAACUGGUUUGCUGGCUGGCUUGCUGUAGUGUUCUAAGCGCUCCGUGGAGGUUUGCAAAGGUUUACAAUUGGAUAGAUAUGAUACAGGAGGGGAAAGGAAUGGAGAGGGAGGAGGAAAGCGGGAGAAUGCAGGUACAAGUAGAGCAGGCAUCCCCAACCUUCGGCCCUCCAGAUGUUUUGGACUACAAUUCCCAUCAUCCCUGACCACUGGUCCUGUUAGCUAAGGAUCCUGGGAGUUGUAGGCCAAAACAUCUGGAGGGCUGCAGGUUGGGGAUGCCUGAAGUAGAGCAAUGCUAAUUCCUAAUCCUGUAUGCGGGGGUGGGGGUGGGUUAGGAUGUGGCAGAAGUCUCCAUUGCACCUGCUGGAAUCAUGGGCAAGCAAUAUGGCAACCUCCAAUAUGGAUGGUUCUGCUGUACUAGCUUGGAUGUAACGCUGCAAAAAGCACCAAAGUAGUUGCCACCGCUAGCACCUCCAAAUGCAGCAAAGCCUCCACCAUCUCAUUGAAUGAAUGAAUUUAUUAAUACGGUCACAGACCAGCAUCAACACACACAAUAUCACAGAUCAUUAAAAAAAAAAUAAAAUCAGAAAUACAGAGGACAAUAUGAGUAUAACAAGGAUUUAAAUAUAAAAAAUUAAAAUUAAUUAUUAGCGUGCCCCCUGUAAUUAACAUUUGGGGGUUUGGUCAUUAUUGGAUACCACUUGCUUCCUGCGAUUAAUUGCAGACGCACAGAAUUUGGCUACAUUUAAUGUAGUCUUGGGAUUCUUGUCCUCUAGCAGUAGUUUUAAACUAUGGUGUUCCGAUUCUUUCCUGGACUUUUGCAAAACAGGUGUAAUAAAAGUCAAACGUAUAUCCUCAUAAAGACGACAACGUAAUAGUACAUGUGAAGCAGUUUCAACUUCCAACGAGCCACAGGGGCAGACCCGUGCUGUGCAUGGUUUACCCUCAAAUCUGCCCUGAAGUAAGGCAGAAGGGAGAACAUUGAAUCUGGCGAGGGUAAAAGACCGUCUGUAUUUGGGUACCUGGAGACCUGACAGAUAGUUAGCUGGAGAGAAACCUCUCCCAUGGUCCCUUAUUGCUGGAUGUUUGAUCAUUUCGCUCAUGUGGCAUUGUAAUUCUACGUCCCAGAUACGCUGGCGAAUUGUAGUCCUAGCUUUCUCGAAGCCUGUCGCUAUCAGGGUCUGCUGUGGGAUCCCCAAGCCUUUAAGCUUUUCCAGCAGUGUAGCUUUCCAUUUGGAUUGGUAGGUAUCUAAUAAGGUUAAAGGUGCCAGCCCAACCGGGAAGAAAAUAAGCUUUAGCCAAUAAUGGAUCUUCAAUAUCCAUAUCCGAGUACUGAUAGGAAUUUGCCCAACCUCCAAACGGACUGCUAUGUUGGAUACGCAAGAGGGGAUCCCCAGCAGGCAGCGGAAAAACUUAGUUUGAAAUGCCUCUAAGAGAGUAAGGUUUUUAAAGCUGCAGAUCUGGGAUCCAUAUAGUAAUUGUGAUAGUAUUUUGGCAGCAAAGACCUGGGAGGCUGCCGGUAUGUAUUGGCCCCCUUUCCCAUAGAAGAAUCUUAUUAACGCUUUGGUAGAUCUUUCUGCAUUUGCAAUAGUAUUAUUAAUCUGACAGCGCCAGGAGCCCCUUUCCUGGAAGGUUACACCCAGGUAUUUAAAGGUUGCUACCUGUUCUAUUAAGCGAUUGUCUAUUCUCCAUUUGUGCCUCCUCCUUUUUUUAGAGAACACCAUGACUUUGGAUUUGUUGUAGUUAAUUGUUAAUUGUUCGAUUAACAAUUCCCAUCAUCCCUGACCACUGGUCCUGUUAGCUAAGGAUCCUGGGAGUUGUAGGCCAAAACAUCUGGAGGGCUGCAGGUUGGGGAUGCCUGAAGUAGAGCAAUGCUAAUUCCUAAUCCUGUAUGCGGGGGUGGGGGUGGGUUAGGAUGUGGCAGAAGUCUCCAUUGCACCUGCUGGAAUCAUGGGCAAGCAAUAUGGCAACCUCCAAUAUGGAUGGUUCUGCUGUACUAGCUUGGAUGUAACGCUGCAAAAAGCACCAAAGUAGUUGCCACCGCUAGCACCUCCAAAUGCAGCAAAGCCUCCACCAUCUCAUUUAUCCAAACCCUCACUCAGCCAUGAAGCUCACUGGUUGACCUAGGGCCAGACAGUGUCUCUCAGCAUAACCUACCUCACAGGGUUGUUGUAGGGUUUAAAUGAGGAGGGGGAGAACCAUGUAUGGCACCUCGAUACAUGCAGUAUCAAGCAACCUGUAGGUACUUCUGCCUCUGUUUUUUUUAUUUUUGGUGUACUAAGUAUUUGUUUAGUUUAUAUCUUUGGUUAAUGGGAUUUUGCAUUCCCAGGCAAUCCCCCAUCCAGGCUCAGAUGAGACCUAGACAAAAGUGCCACAUCAUGUACUGUGUGUCACGUGUACCGUGUAAUAUGGCAUUGUACCUAUGGCCUACUUUUCAGCCAAGGGUGGCUCUCAAAGUGACAUGCAGCAAUCUACAAAUGGCACCUUACAGUGGCUACGAUUUGUUAUGUUUAUGAUUUAUUUGCUUUGUUCAUAUUAAGGGCUGGAGCCAACACUGGGCAUGUGGCGUUCUGCUCAUGCAAUGGGACUUCCCCUUCCUCUCCUCUCCCUGUAUACUUUCAAAAUCUGCUCCAGGCAUUCCACCAUCUCUCUGGGGUAGAUUUUGGAGUAGGGAGCAGGGGUUACAGAGGAGAGUAGUGGAAAGUUCCCUUGCGCAAGUGGAAGUCUGCGCUAGCAGAACAGCGCUUUGUAUCAUGCUUUGUAUAGCUGUCUAAAAUAAUUGACCAGUUUUAUUAUUUCCCCUGCCUCUUGGAUGAGAUUUUUGCCUUUAAUCUGUUUGAUAACUUGCAACUGCAUUCAGGUGUUCUAGAUCGCUCACAUGAUAAAGGAGAGCAGGCUAGAUUCACUCCACCUUCUACACGUCAGAGAAAACUUUUGGCCUCCAAGGGAACGCUGUGCAUUUUAGACUCCUGGUUUUCUAGCAAACUAAAUGUUUCUUGUGGGGGGAAUAUGCAGAGCAGGCUCCUCACUUCAGAAGCUAUCUCUCCAGUUUGUGGAUUAGGUGUGUGGAACUAGCAUGCUUGUCAUCCUAGUUCUAGACUAAUUUCCAGCUGUUGUUUUUCUUUCUCCCCACCCCCCUUUUUUUGAGUCCCAGUGAGUAGGGAGUUCAUGGUUUUGUGUUUUUUGUGUUUAUUAAUGUUAUGUUAUGACACUUUGUAGCCAAGAUGGCUGGAAUCGGGUUUAAAAAGUAGGAUAAAAGUGUUGAAAGCAAAAUAAUUUAUUUCAUUUAUGAAUUUGCUUCCUAUGAAGCAUUUCAAAGUGACUUCACAAUACCGUAAAAGUAUAUUCAAAACUAUUGCAUAUCUAAAAAUAGGGUGUAUCCAAUGUAGCACUAACAGAUGAAACAUUGUUGCACAAAAGAAUACAGGAGUAGAUGACUGCUAAAUAUGUUGCACAAUAGCUUGUGCUGUCUGUUCUGCAGCGUUAAAACUCACCUGUUCUCUAAUACAAGAGGACCUGCACUACAGACAAUGUUGGCUAAAGCUCAGUUAAAACUAGUGCAUGUAUAAGAAUCUUGACUUAUAAGGCUUUUUUGGAAGAGGAAACAGACACAAAAAACUAUAGAGAUGUCACUUUUCUGAUAUGUAACAAGAGGAAGCUCCAACGGGUAAGUACCACCACAUAAUGUGUUGAAUAGACCUACUGAUAAGAUGGUAUCUGCAAGUUGCCCUUUCCUGCAGAACGCAGUGAUCAGUUGGGUAUUGAAUGUUUGAAGCUAUCUUUAAGUUAUACUGUGAUUGAGUCAGUCAGGAAUUUAUUAAAGUCACCUGAGCAGGAGGCAAACUAGAAAUUGCACAAUGACACAUGAGUGAAUGGUUUGGCUGUUUCUGCUCAGGUGUGUGCCACCACCAACCCUCUGAAGCAGAUCUUGGUGGUGUGCAGGAGGCUGCAGGCAGAGCUGCCGCCGACUCCUUCCCACCAACUGUAUCUGUUCAAAUUUCGAACGGGACACUUUGGGUUUUGGCGAAAAUUGCAGCCUCAAAUCAGUUAUAAAAAAUGACCGAAGAGCUAGCUGACUUCUGUGUAACAAAAUUAUUUGUCCCCUUGAGGAAGAUGCUUGGAAACUUCUCUAAAGAAGCUCAGGAAACUGUCUCAUGAAAGAAUAUAGUAGGAGUUAAUCAUAAUAAUUUUAUUAUUUAAUACCCCACCCAUCUGGCUGGGUUUUUCCAGCCACUCUGGCCGGCUUACAGAAUAUAUAAAACUUAAUAAAGCAUCAAACAUUUAAAAAACUUCCCGAUACAGGGAAGUUCUCUAACCCCCAGUAACUACAAGAGUGCACAAGAGACUGUGCGCCUCUUUAGUGGUUGCUGGACUUCACUUCCCAUCCCUAUCCAAUGGACAUUCUGAUGGGGACAGAUGAGAGUCCAUCAGCAUCACAUGGGCAUGACGCUGGCUCCUGCUGCCCUUCAGCCAAGCCUAAUUAUUGUAUCUGUUUGUGUUCUCUUCCAGUGGGCUCACUUUUUGCCGACUAUGGGUGGUACAUCCUCCUCAGCUCCGUUGCGAUCUAUCUUCUUAUACAAAAGCUCUCGCGAAGCUUUCGAGACAAGAGGCGGCCCCGCUUGGAUGCAGCAGCUGUUGGUUUGUAUGGGAUUGGGAGAGGAUGUGUUGUCCUGCACUGUUUUGCCAUACAGAGUGACUUACACACAUGCCAUAAAACUUCACACAGCUAAAUCUGUGUGCACAGCUUACGUGUGACACACACGCAGGCCAUAGUUUCUCCUCCUAAUGAUAUUCAUGAAUGAGCUGGGAUAUAAGGGCUAAGGUAUCCUGGACCUGGAACAGCUUGGAUCCAGGGUGUCUUAAGGACCAUUUGAAUGAAUGACAUCCCAGCUCAUUCACUAAGAUCACCCCAGAGCAGCACUGUUAGUUGUUCCCAUCACAGAGGUCUGAUGGAUCACAGCGAGAAGGCAGGCAUCUAGUGUGCCUGUUCUCCCCAACCUAACAGCUGAUAUGCAGGGUAGAACAGCAGCUGUUUUCCUGCGUACCUUCUGGCCUCCAGCCAGCCCCAGAGCUUCAAUUCUAGUUGUAGAUAUUUUUGGAUACAGCAUUUUUGGUAUGGAUUGAAGAGAAAGCAGCAGAGAGGGUGUUUUAAUUGUGUUUAGAGGAUGCUCCCCACUUUACACAAUUUUGCUUAUGCACAUGGGGACCCGGAACGUAACCCCUGUGUAAAGUGGGGAGUCACCUGUAUCUUCCUGGCACACCUGGGCCUGGGUGGGUGUUUUGCCCCUUCAGCCAGGUGAUUCUUUGGAGGGUCCCCAAACGUUUUGGGGGUUUGCUGUAGGAAGGGGACCCAGGAGGUUUUCAGAAGUGUGCAGAAGCAAUGUCCCUGUUCUCUAGACAGCAGCCGGCAUCUGGUCUUCCGGCAAGCUUUGUUAACAAAACAAACAUCUGAAAGGGCCAGGAGCGACUCUGCAAUUAGUGAAUUGUGGAUUUCAGUUUGACUAUUCAGGUGAACCAGUCAAAUAAUGCAGAGGGGGUUAACUAAUUAUUUCUGAAUGGUAUUGCGGGAAAAGAUAGCUAAGUUGGGAUUGGCUUAUAUUGGGACGGUUGGAUCAAUCCAUCAACCUCUGGUGGAUGAUUUAGAAGGAUUGGGUCCGGCAUCACUUUCACUGUGCAUUUUGUGCCAGUAUGCAUACUCAGCAGAGUUAUAUCUCAACACAGCUCCUGCCCUGGAAUCGUCUUUGGGGUUGAAGGUACACUCAGUAGGCAGUAAACACUCAUGGACACCAUAAAGAUUCGGUCAGAUGUAGAGGUUUACUUGACAGGUAUAAAAGCAUAUUGGUGGCAAAUAUACACAGACAUUCACCACUGCCGUGGUCAAGGCAUGCUUAGAGCACAGCAAGAGUCCAAGCCUCUCUGUCUUCUUCUCUCACCGCAAGACGCAAGCAAGAGACACAACAAAUUCCACAGAACAAUUGUUAUCAGUACUUCCUGUCCCACUCUGCAUGUACAAAGAACAGUUCCCAUGAAAAAUGUCCUUGCACAGAGAAAAUAAUCUCAGCCUUAUGUUGCUUCUUGAAACUUCUUCUCUGUUUCUGGAAAAAAAUGUUUCUCUCUCACACAGACAAGAGGAUAUCCAACAGGAUGAAAGUAGCUCAAGCCUCUUUGGACUACUUUGUGAUCUCAGCUUUUGAUAACUCUUUUCUGUGAUUGGUUUAGAACCCGAUGCUGUGGUGAGACGACAGGAAGCUCUGCUCGCAGCCCGUCUGCGCAUGCAAGAAGAGUUGAACGAGCAAGCGGAAAAAUUCAAAGAAAAACAGAAGAAGGUAAUGCUGUUUGAGCCAGGUAGUCUUGUGUUUGACAGUCAAACCGAUGUUUGGUAAAACUCUGCUGGCUCAUGGGCCUGCCAACUCCUUGCAUUCCAGGGAAAAUAAGCACCCUACCCUGUGUUGGCCUUUUGUGUACUCCUUCCCUCCUGCGGGGGAAAAGAACUGGUGAACUGUUUGAGUGCAGUCUCUCGCUGCCCAGCCAAGCUACUUUUGCCUGCCCAAGAAUGAGUGAUUCAGGUUAUGCGGCCAUGGCGAGAACUGCAUGCAAAGGCAGUGGCACUGAUCGCGCCCGGCAUGGUAGGGCAAAUGCCAUGGGCCCCGAGAAGUCCACUAGAGCGGACAUCAGGUUUUGAAAUUUAGGGGUGGGGAAAUAAUUGUAAGUGUCUGGUGCUGAAAGGAGAAACUCCAGGCAGGAUCCCUGCAGUGGCCACCGUCUCUGCCCCUCUUCCUCUCUGCCCUGGUGCCUCUGGAUCCCACCCUCGAAUGUAUGGAUGCUACAUUGGGGGCCAAAGGCAUUUGAGGAAAGUAGAUGGUGGCUGGUGAUGCUUUUCCUUUCAGGGGUAGGGGUGGGAGAAGUUGUGCUGGCCUUGAUGAGCGCAUCACUCGUGUGUCUGCAGCUGUUUUGAAGAGCCUGUAUCUCCAAAUCAUGCCCCAGAAAGCUUACUGGGCCUGGUGGCAACCAUCCUAUAUAACUCGCUCCCUUUCAAGAGCCCAGCCCUGAAAGGAGUAGCACUGCAGUGAAUGGCUGCAGUGGCCUCUCCAUGCCAUUUGUGCCUGCUCCUGCCUGCUCCAACUCUCUACUUAUCAUUUCUAAGCCUGCUCAAAUGAAGGCAGGACAGUCUGGUUUUGCUCGGUACUUUUUCCCUGUAGCUGAGAGAAGGGACACUCUGCCACCAGACAGAGGCUCUUACUGGAUUGAGAGUUAUCCUUUGAAUGCAACAGCAGGGGAGUUCCCUGUGUCUUUAAAAGAUGUUGACUGGCGUUUGUUUUACCUUUUUAAGGUGUAUCAUUUUGUAGACCUUGCAUAUUGGCUAUUCAGCCUGUAUCUAGGAUACUUUUUGGAAAACAAGCUCCACUGCCACAAAAGCAAAACACUGCAUGGCUUCGUCAAACAACUCUGCACCCUCUUAGGUAGCAGAUGUUGCAAUUAAGCAUUGCCUCUCUAGGACCUGGUUGCAGAUUUUUCUGUUUCUGUCUACCAAAAACAGGCUUACAUACCUUAUGACCCAAUCAGCUCUUUGUUGUGGCUUCCCAGGUCCCUUAUCAUCAAGUCUCAGGCUUGCAGUGGAGAGAGGAGGCUGAUCCAAGGUCUGCCAUGGCUGGAGAGCUGUGCUUGCUUUAUUUAAUAAGGUUUAUAUGCACCAUGAUCAACUGAAAAUAAAACUCUUAAGCACUUUGAUAGUAUAAAAUAUUCAUAAGAAUACAGUGAUGCAUCAACAGACAUUAAAAACAAAGUGACAAUAUACAUUUAUAGAAAUGUAGAUCAAAUCAAUAGUAUUUAAAAAACAAAUAUACAUGAUAAGAUUUACAUUUAUUGAGUUGUUGUUGUUUAGUCAUUUAGUCGUGUCCGACUCUUCGUGACCCCAUGGACCAGAGCACGCCAGGCACUCCUGUCUUCCACUGUCUCCCGUAGUUUGGUCAAACUCCUGCUGGUAGCUUCGAGAACACCAUCCAACCAUCUCGUCCUCUGUCGUCCCCUUCUCCUUGUGCCCUCCAUCUUUCCCAACAUCAGGGUCUUUUCCAGGGAGUCUUCUCUUCUCAUGAGGUGGCCAAAGUAUUGGAGCCCAAGAAAAUGGAUAGGUUUGAUCUUGCAGUCCAUGGGACUCUCAAGAGUCUCCUCCAGCACCAUAAUUCAAAAGCAUCAAUUCUUCGGCGAUCAGCCUUCUUUAUGAUCCAGCUCUCACUUCCAUACAUCACUACUGGGAAAACCAUAGCUUUAACUAUACGGACCUUUGUUGGCAAGGUGAUGUCUCUACUUUUUAAGAUGCUGUCUAGGUUUGUCAUUGCUUUUCUCCCAAGAAGCAGGCAUCUUUUAAUUUCAUGGCUGCUGUCACCAUCUGCAGUGAUCAUGGAGCCCAAGAAAGUAAAAUCUCUCACUGCCUCCAUUUCUUCCCCUUCUAUUUGCCAGGAGGUGAUGGGACCAGUGGCCAUGAUCUUCAUUUUUUUGAUGUUGAGCUUCAGACCAUAUUUUGCACUCUCCUCUUUUACCCUCAAUAAAAGGUUCUUUAAUUCCUCCUCACCUUCUGCCAUCAAGGUUGUGUCAUCUGCAUAUCUGAGGUUGUUGAUAUUUCUUCCAGCAAUCUUAAUUCCGGCUAGGGAUUCAUCCAGCCCAGCCUUUCACAUGAUGAAUUCUCCAUAUAAGUUAAAUAAGCAGGGAGGCAAUAUACAGCCUUGUCGUACUCCUUUCUUUAUUUCUCCUACUUUAUUGAGUAGGAUUGCUUAAAUAAAAAAAGGUUGGGGUGUUUUUUAGCAGGAAUGGAAAACAGUACAGUGAAGACACCGGCCUCUUAUCAGUAGGCAGGAAGCUCCAGAGAUUAGCUACUGCCACAUUCCUUGCAACUGCAGAAUGAAUGUUACAUGGCGCUGAUAAAAGUGCCAAUUCUGCAGAUCAAAGCAGUUGAGUUGGCACAUGCUAGAUGCACGUUCAGUUGGGUGGCUUAUCCAAGUUGGUGUAGGUCUGAGCUACAUUUUGUUAUCAGGCCUUUUUAAAAUAAUCUAAAAUAAAUCUGUUGUUUCUCCUUAGGCUGAAGAAGAGAAGAGAAGGCAGAAGAUAGUCAUGUGGGAAAGCAUGCAGGAAGGCAAAAGUUAUAAGGAGACCCUGAAACAGAAUCAGGUUGGUUUGGUCUUUUGGGAAGGGAGGGACAAAUAUACAGGGGUACCUCGAUUUUUGAACGUAAUCCGUUCUGGAAGACUGUUCGAUUUCCAAAACUUUUGAAAGCCAAGGCUCAAAUGGUAGUUUGCAAAUUCAACAGAGAAAAUUGAAAAUAAACUCAGCAGAAGCCGUUCAACAUUUACUUCCGGGUUUUCAGCGCUCAAAAAUCGAAAUGUUCGACUUCCAAGACGUUCGAAAACCGAGGUAGCACUGCAUUCAAAAUUGAGAAUGAGCUAAAAUUGCUGAAUCAACUCUUCCUCUAAACAGCAGGAACCUGAGCCUGGAGCAUCUGCAGCGGCUGCUGCCCCAAAGCCAAAACCCAACAGGAAACCUUUGCGAGGUGCUGGUAAGUUCCAAGUCUGUUUAACAGCAAACAAGGUUUUGGGUCCCACACUUACCGUAUUUUUCGCUCCAUAAGGCGCACUGGACCAUAGGGCACACCUAGUUUUUAGGGGGGGAAAUCAAGAAAAAAAAAUCCAUCCCGCUGGCUGUCUUGGCCAGCUGGGAGAGGCUGUGCGCGGCUUUGGCAGAAGCCAAGACAGUGAGCUGGAUGGAUUCCACUUGCUGUCUUGGCUUUGUUUUUAGCCAAGAAAAAAGUGAGUGAAACAUAGUUGUGUCAUGGAUCCCAAAUGCCUUGGUACUCUUCUGUUUUGGCUCCCGAACGCCGCAAACCCAAAAGUGAGUGUUCCAGUUUGUGAAUGUUCUUUGGAACCUGAACGUCUGACGGGGCUUCUGCGGCUUCCGAUUGGCUGCAGGAGCUUCCUGCAGCCAAUCCGAAGCUGUGCUUUGGUUUCCGAAUGUUUUGGAAGUCAAACGGACUUCCAGAACAGAUUCCGUUUGACUUCCGAGGCACCACUGUAAUUGGUUUCAAAAGUGAGGUUAGAGCCAAAUGCCUGGACCACAUUUUCAAGUCACUCAAGAAACUGCGCUGUAACUCCCUUUCUUUUCCUUGAACAGUCAUGCUACGGUUUCUCUCUUGCUCCUCUCUUCUCCCAGGUUACAACCCCCUCUCUGGAGAAGGUGGCGGGACUUGCUCGUGGAGACCAGGGCGCCGCGGGCCUUCCUCGGGUGGAUGAGGCUAAUUCUGCCGGUGCUGUCCAUCGACACCGGCAGGCAUUAACUUAACUCCACAACUGUGGCUGUCUGUGGGCUGCUUGGCACAGGGACUUUGGGUGGGGGGCUGUUUUUAGCACUGUAACAGGUGGGAUUCAGCUACUGAAUCCUGUCUGCAGAAGCCCUGAGCAGGUACUAUAGUUUGCACAUUGGGGCAUUCCUCCCUCUCUCCCCUUCUUGUGUUCCAUGAAAUUGGCUAGGGGAAGGGAUCAGGAGAACCAUAGGAACAGCGCAUCGGGGGGGUGGCGAGAUCAUUGCAUCCGGGAAGCAGAAAUGCUUGCGUUGAGUGGAGGAGCACAACAUUGAAUUUCCAAAGCAUUUUAAUGUAGCCAAGCUGCCCAAAAUAAAUGGUGAGCAUUGACAAAAAGUGAUGCUCGCAGGACGGGGACGGACAGUUCCUUUCCUUUCCGGGAGGCCUGGUGGCCAUGGCUUUGCACUUUAGUCUGGAUGACGGGUUUUUCUUUUGAGAUACCUUUUCUGUGAAAUGGGGGUGUUGCCCAUUCUGCCUUGCAAGAGGGCUUGUGACUUAACCUUCUGCUGAGAGUGGUUUGGACUCCACUGGAGAAAAGCCUGUUUUAAAUGGCAGCGUGUGCUAUCCCCCUCCCCUCUUCAAAAGUGAGCUUCAGGCAUCAAAAUUGGAAUUUUCUCAAAGUAGCGGAACAAACUGACAUUAGGGAAGUGUGCUGGCAGGUCGGUGCAAGUAAUGGUGAGGUAGAACGACACUGCUUUGGGUGUUAGGACCAGGUGGGUUUCCUGCCCACAGUUUCCUAACUGGCUUUUCCACCCAAACUUCCUGCCGGCAAGGUGGUCAGGUAGCAUGACUGAUGGAUUUGUUUUGAGCUUGGCUCUGAGCAUCACUGAGGAACCUGUGACUUUCAAGAUGCUACUGUCAUGCUCCAACCCCCAUCAGCCCCCAGCAAAACACCACAAAUUCAAAUCUUAACAUAGUCAAAAGACCUCAUAAAGGCACGUUAAAAUAUGAAGAUCACACAACUUUUAACAUACGCCAAAUUAGAAUAUAUGGUACAUAUAUAGACCAAGGACAGGAACAAACCACAAAUGAAAUUAACCAGAUAGUCUUUUAUGGGUCUCUUGCAGUUUAAAAGAGAUUCAGCAACAGUUUCCAUUAUUAUUCCAGUAACGAGGUCGAAUACAAUUCGAAUAUCAUUCCUGGGUAUUUUUAAUAGGAUGAGAGUAAAUAAUCUAUUAUGAUCAUCUCUGUCAAAGUUGCAUACAAAAGCCCCAAGCAUGUGUUAAUGUUUCUGUUGCUCCAUCUCUCCUAUGUAAACAAGGAAAGUAUUGUGUGAGAAACACAUGAAACCAGCCUUCCCAAUCCUGAUGCACUCCAGGUUUUCUGACUCCAACUCCCAUUCAGCCCCAGCCAUCACAGCCAAUUGUCAGGGCUGAUGGGAGUUGUAGUCCAGCAACAUCCAGAGGUCCACAGGUUCCCCAGCCCUGCCUUUGGGAGUUUUCAACGUCCACAGUUAUGGAUGCGAUUGUCCCUGUACCAAGCAGCCUUGAAUGAUGCAGUCCUUAUAAAUGGUGAACGUACCACUAAUGGCUGCUGAAACUAGACAGCAAGUGGAGAGUUUUUGCCAUUUCCUCUUUUUAUGUUCUCAGCUUUGUAUGACAAAUAUAUAUAUACUGUAAAUAACAUUACAGCAAUUUCUAUAGCUUUUUUCUAUAGAGAAGUAUGUAUUCUAGCUUAAUAGAUGUGUCUCAAGCAAGUAAAUUGGUUGUGUGUGGCUUUUUCUGAAGAUCUUCCUUCCCCGCCCCUCCCUCCCCGCUCAAAAUAUUGUUAAUUAAUAAAUAUUAUUUAUAUAGUGCUAGCAGCGUACAGGAGUCUUUGCAGAGAAGCAUAAGGGAGGGGAGGAAACAUACCCAGAACAAAGCAGGUCUUGCUAAGGGAGCUUAGCUUGCAACCUAAAAUUUUGCUGGAGAGGAGGAUAUUAUCUGCAUAUGUUUGAAAUACUUUGGACUCCUUCUUUGACAAAAAGGGGAAAUAAAAGAGGCUUGCAAGCAGUGCAGAAAUAAAGACUACCAUGUAAAUAAAACAAUUGGAAACG